CAAUGUGCUGUUGUCGAUCCCGUUGCGCCGCCCGCUGUUCUGAAAGCAUUCGCCGAACACGGUCUCCGCCUAACCGCUAUCCUGAUCACUCAUCAUCACUGGGACCAUGCAGGUGGCAAUGAGGAGCUGGUGAAAAGUCUGAAGGCGCAAGGCAUCACCGGCCUUGAGGUUUAUGGUGGCGGUACUGGAAUUGGCGCUCUUACGAAGCAGGUCAAAUCAGGUGACCAGAUCACGCUCGGUGACCACGUCACAAUUAAGUGCCUUUCAACGCCCUGUCAUACGCAGGAUCACAUUUGCUAUUACGCGACCGACCAGGCCAACCCCUCUGAAGACGGUUGUGUUUUUACAGGAGACAAACUCUUCCUAGCUGGUUGCGGCCGCUUUUUUAAGGGAAUACCCCCGCAG